AUGUCGCCUUCUUUCAACCAAAACUCCAUUGCACCAAAAACUUCAACAGAUUUUACAUUUUGCAACAUCCCGAAAACAAAUAAUUAUGAGAACAAAAUCCCUUUUGGCUUUUCAGCACCCCUUUAUUCCAAAAACGUUUUUUCUGAUUCCAUAUAUCAACCAUAUUCCACAACUGUGAUGACAGAAGGAAGAAAAGAACUCAUGGAACUGAUGCCAGAAUCAUUUCACGAGUUGUCCCUAAAAGAUAUAGUGAUGAAAGAUUCAGAUCAAUCAAAAAAAUUGGAAACAAUGGAAGAGAUAAUUGAUCACACGAAGCUUGAUCUAAAGAGAAAGAAGAAAGGCACGAAAAAUCGUCCAAUUUCAAGGAGUGUGAGUCUUGAUACCGGAGUUUACAUUCUUAAGAUGUUUGUCCCGAGUUCAUUGGGCUCCAAGAAACACAACGUAUCUCGAAGUAAAUCCAUGGAUGGUUUAAUGAAGCAUUCUGUUGAUGUUGAAAAACGUAGAACUAGGCUUUUUGUUGGAAGCACCAAGAUUAGCAGCGGAUUAUGCAACAAUAAUAGCUCUUGUACCACAGCCAAUCAAAACCGGUAUGGUGAUGGGAUGUUGAAGUCUAGUAAUGGAUGCUUGUUCAGAAGUAAACCAACAAAUCAAAGGGGUUGCAUCUUCUUUUGAUUCAAGAGGCAAAAUUAGGAAUCCAUGUUCUAAAACUUGUGAUUAAUGGGAGAAUAUCCGUUUUUUUUUUUCUUAUUUUUUUAUAUCUUUAUUUAGGAGCUUAGUUAGAAGAAUUUAAUGUCAAUUUUAAAAAUCAGAAAUUUGGCAAUACUAGCCAAAUUUAAUUUCAUCUAUAUACAGA